AUGAUUUUUUACAUAGAAUAUAUCAUAAUACUUUUUCAUUUAAUUUAUUAUAAUUUGGCUAGUAGUAUAAAUACAAAUGAUAAUAAUAAAUUACAAUUUAGUAACAGAAACUCAUGGAAUCCUGUAAAUAAUAAAUUUAGUUUAGAUGAUUUACCAAGAUAUUUUUCAAAAGAAUCAUUUUUAGAGAGUAAUGCAGAAGAUAGAAAUUCCAAUAGUUCUUCAGGUAAUCAAGGAAAUAAAAAAAGGAAACAAAGGAGAAGAAAACAAUUAAAAACAAAAGGAGCACCUGUUGAAACAGGAGGAACUCAAGUUGAAACAGGAGGAACUCAAGUUGAAACAGAAGGAACACUAGUUGAUACAGAAGGAACACCAGUUAAAACAGAAGGAACACCAGUUGAUACAGAAGGAACACCAGUUGAUACAGAAGGAACACCAGUUGAUACAGAAGGAACACCAGUUGAAACAGAAGAAACACCAGUUGAAACAGAAGAAACACCAGUUGAUACAGAAGAAACACCAGUUGAUACAGAAGGAACACCAGUUGAUACAGAAGGAACACCAGUUGAUACAGAAGGAACACCAGUUGAUACAGAGGGAACGCAAGUUGAAGCAGAAGAAAAACAAUUUGAAACAAAAGGAACGCAAGUUGAAGCAGAAGAAAAACAAUUUGAAACAAAAGGAACGCAAGUUGAAGCAGGAGCACCAGGUAAAGGAGAAGGACCAAAUACAAGAGAUUCAACUCAUAGAACUACCGCAUCUUCUAAAAGUACAAAUCCAUUUACUCCAGAUAGCGGAGAGGAAUUAGAUGAAAAUACUUUUGAAAAACAUUUCACUAGUGGUGAUACAUCUGUUGGUGGUUCUUCAGGAGUUUCUACAGAAGACGUUACACAUCAUGCUACACACCAUGCUACACACCAUUCUACAGACCAUGCUGCACACCAUGCUGCACACCAUGCUGCACACCAUGCUACAGACCAUGCUGCACACCAUGCUGCACACCAUCAAAAUCUAAAAAACAUUGCACAAGUUAGUUCACUUUUAGAUGAAGCUAAUGAACAACAGAGCCAUGAGGAUGAUAGUGGAUUUUUACCUUUUAGAGAAACUGGUUCUGCUUAUGAAAAAAAAAGACAAGAUUCAUUUUUUAGUAGUACAUUCCCUUCAGUAGCAAUUCAUCAACCUUAUGCUGAAAAAGGAGGAUAUGAUUAUAUUCCUGUAAUUGAUGAUGAUAUGCUUUCAAAAGCUAGAACUUUACGUUAUAGUAUUGAAUCUAUUAAAGAUGAUGAUGAUGACUCCAUACCAAAAAAAAAGAGUAAAUUUAUGGAACUCCUUGAUAAAAUCAACAUUUUUAAAAAAAAAAAAGGAAAAGUACCAUUAGAACCAUCAAGUGAAGAAGAUAAAACAAAAAAAAUGAAGAUUCCAAAGCCUGAUAGUCCAGCUUCAAAAAUUCAUUUAGUAGAGUGCCCCUAUGAGGGAUUAUUAUUUCAUGAUUAUAAAUCUAUAAGUAAGGAAUUAGAAAAAAUGAAAAAUAAUAAAUAUUUAGUAAAUGAAAGUAUACAAAGUACGACGGAAUGUUUUAGAAAUUUAGGAGUUGAUCAGCAACUUUUACAAAAUACUACUACAAGUAUGGGAUCUAUGAUUGGUACUUUUGGUAUUUUUCCAUUAGUUAGUUCUGUAUUUGAAAGUGAUCUUCUUAUGUAUGAAAAUGGUUUGGAUUAUAUUACAUUGGCAAGUUCAUUUAAUAUAACAAAAGAAGGUGCAAAAAAAUUAGAUAAUUUCAAUUUCUGCUUAAUAAACCCAGGUAAAUUAGCAAUACUUCUUAAAGAUAAAAAUAUUAAAGAGGCAAUUGGAAAUAGUAAAGAUUUUCGUAAUAAAUAUAAUAAAUUUAUGGAAAAAUCAAUAGUUUGCCAUAUUGAAUCAUUAAUUUUUGAUAAUAUAUCUCCACCAAAAACUACAAAACAAUUACUUUCUAUUGUGAAAAAAAAAUUAUACCUAGUUCAAAUUGGAUUAAGUUUUAGUAAUAAAAUCAUGGUUUCAAAAAUAUUUAGAAAAAUAGAAAAAAAUCCUGAUGAGACUAUUAAUAAGAUUCGUUUUCUUUAUAAUAACAUAGAAGAAAUAACAAGGAAUCUUAGUGAAAAUGCAACAAGGAAUAUCUGUACAAACUUUUCAGGGAAUCCUAAUUACUUGAUAGCACAAUCAAAUGUUAAUACUUAUAUUAAAAUGUUUGUCAACUUAUAUAAUACAUGUGUUGCAAAUGUAACUGUUUAUAAUGAAACUUUAUCUAAAAUUCAUAAACAAAUGAAGAAUAUUAUGAAACUUGUUCCUAGACGUCCAGCAUUGACUAGUUUGCACUUUAACUCUGUCUUAGAAAAAAAUAAGAAAAAAAAAUCAAAAAAUAGUAAUCAAGAUGAACGUGAAAAUUCUAUUGAACCAUAUACUCGUGUUCACUUAGAAAAAGCACCUAUGGCUUCAAUUGUAAAUGAUUUCUUUGAAAGUAAAAAAAAAGAAUUACUAGAUAUGCUAUCUCACAUGAAAAUAGAGAUGGCAUUCUUAUUAAAAGAUGAUUAUGUAUCACUAUCUUCAAAUAAAGGAAUAGAGAAAAAAAAAUUACAAAAAAUUAAAAAGAAAUAUAAAGCAGAAAUAAAGAAAUUUUUCAGUAAGAUUCGUAGAGACUAUGCUAAAUUAUUAGAAUUACGCUUUAAAAAUCACACGAAUAGGAAUUAUUUAUUAUUUAAUUACCUAUAUUAA